AUGACUGAUACUAAAGAGACAAUUCUUACAAACGAUGAAGAAAAAUUAGACGUUGAACCAAAAAAAGAUAUCAAAGAAGAAGAAAAUAAAGAAGAAACAAAAUUAGAAGAAGAGCAUAAAGAAGAGCAUAAAGAAGAGCAUAAAGAAGAAGAACAUAAAGAAGAAGAACACAAAGAAGAACAUAAAGAAGAAGAACAUAAAGAAGAAGAACAUAAAGAAGAAGAACAUAAAGAAGAAGUAAAAAAAGAAGAAGAAAUCAAAGAAGAAGAAAAGAAGAAUGGGUCUAAUGAACAACAAAAAAUAAAGGUUAUUAUGGUGGGAGAGUCUUCUGUUGGAAAAACGUGUUGUAUGAACAGAUAUGUUAGUAAUGAAUUUGCUGAACAAACUAAAGCAACUAUUGGAGUUGGAGUAGGAAGUAAAGAACUUGAAGUUGAUGGAAAAUGUGUUAAACUUCAAAUUUGGGAUACAGCUGGACAAGAACGUUUUGCUACAUUAACUGGUAAUUAUUUUAGAAAUGCCAUGGCAACUAUUAUUAUGUUUGAUGUAAGUAAUAAAGAGUCAUUUGAAAACGUUUCCAAUUGGGUUGAACAAUGUUGUAAGUAUAAUGGCAAACAUAUCAUUUUCCUUGCUGGUAAUAAGAUUGAUUUGGAAAAUAGAGUUGUUAGUAAAGAAGAGGCUGAAGAAAAAGCUAAAGAACUUGAAUUAAAAUAUUUUGAAGUCUCUGCUAAAACAGGUGAUGGACUUGAAGAUUUAUUUAAUGAACUAAUUAAAGAAGUCAUGAAGACUCCAUUUUGUAGCGAACAAGAAAAAGAAGGUAUUGAAUUAGAUGGUAAAAAGAAACAAAAGAAAGGAGGGUGUUGUUAA